UUGAUUCGGUUUAAAAUUGAAAGUAAUUAUGAAAUUGUCUAAAUAGUCCUUACCGUCAAACAAAUAUCAUUAAAAUGAAGUAGAUGAUUAAAUGAAUUGAUCCUAAUUUGAUCGAAAAUGGAAUCAAAAGAGAGAGGAAAAGGGCAGAGAGUGAUUUUAAUGGCAUCACCAUUCCAAGGACACAUAACACCAUUACUCCAACUAGCACACAUCCUCUACACUAACGCUUUCUCAAUCACAAUCCUUCACACCAUCUUCAAUUCCCCCAACACUUCUUCUUACCCUCACUUCACUUUCCUCCCUCUCAUCGCCUCCUUAUCGGAUUACGAAGCUUCCAACCUAGACGCCGUGCGUCUCACCGAACUCAUCAAUAUCAGAUGCGUCAACCCUUUGAAGGAAUGUUUCCAUCUCUUGCUUUCACAGGAUAAGGAAGAUGAUCGUGUUGCUUGUUUUAUUUCUGAUGCUGCUCUUUAUUUCACUCAAGAUGUUUGUGAUCAUUUUGGGAUUCGUCGUUUCGUUCUUAGGACUGGUGGCCCCUCCUCUUUUCUUGUUUUUGCUUCCUUUCCUCUUCUCAAACAAAAAGGUUAUUUUCCUCUUCAAGAAUCAAGAUUGGAGGAACCUGUGGUAGAUCUACCACCACUCAAAGUGAAAGACCUUCCUGUGUUUCAGUCACAAGAACCUGAGGCAUUUUACAAGCUAGUUUGUCGCUUUGUCGAUGAGUGUAAGAGAUCUUCAGGGGUUAUUUGGAACACCUUUGAAGAGUUUGAAUCAUCUGCAUUGGCAAAACUGCGCCAAGAUUUUUCUAUACCGAUGUACCCUAUAGGCCCUUUUCACAAAUACUUGCUUCCCAGCUCAACUUCAACUAGCUUAUUGACCCCAGACAAAAGCUGCAUCUCUUGGUUAGACAAACAAGAACCUAACAGUGUUGUUUAUGUGAGUUUUGGGAGUAUUGUAGCAAUAAGUGAAGCUGAAUUCUUGGAGAUAGCUUGGGGGUUAGCUGACAGCAACCAACCUUUCUUGUGGGCGAUUCGACCCGGGGUAAUCCGUGGUUCGGAAUGGCUUGAACCAUUGCCAAGUGGGUUCCUAGAGAAUUUGGGAGGAAGAGGGUACAUUGUGAAAUGGGCUCCUCAAGAACAAGUGCUGAAGCAUCCUUCAGUUGGAGCAUUUUGGACUCAUAAUGGUUGGAACUCAACUUUGGAGAGUGUAUGUGAAGGGGUUCCAAUGAUUUGCAUGCCAUCUUUUGGAGACCAAAAGAUCAAUGCCAAAUAUGUAAGUGAUGUUUGGAAGGUUGGAGUGCAAUUGCAGAAUAAGCUUGAGACAGGAGAGAUAGAGAAGGCCAUUAGAAAACUAAUGCUUGGAGACGAAGCCAAUGAAAUUAGAGAGAAUAUCAUGAAUUUGAAGGAAAAAGCAAAUCUUUGCUUGAAAGAAGGAGGUUCUUCUUAUAGUUUCCUUGAUUGUUUGGUUAGUGAAAUAUUGUCCCUGAAAUCUUCUACAAGUGUAUGUUUGAAAUCACAUUGAGUUUGAGUUUGAUAAUAUCACAAUGGCAUUGUGAUUUUGUUAGAAGUUUUAAAAUGUAGUUUUGCUAAAAUUACAAUGGAACAAUGUAAUUAUGACAAACUUACCGUGAAUAAAAAAAUGCACCAAUUUAAGUUCUAGUUUACAUUACCACGACAUGUAUUGUGAGAAAUAACUCAAUAUAUAUAUAUACAGCAACA